CUUCACCCAAUAAUUCGGGUCCUCCUUGCAUUUUUGAAAGAAAUUAACCAUGGUGACUGCUACACUAUCUGGAUGAUACAGAUCAAUAUGGAAACCCGACACGACACAUUCAAUAAUCUCAGUCGGACCACCAUGGCAGUUGGCAAAUGUUGGAAGCCCACAUGCCAUGGACUCCACUAUUGUUGACGUAAGGGAAGUCAAUAAUAGCAAUGCACAAUUAGGGGAAAAAUUGUCCAGCACAGAACCUUGCUAGAGCAAUAGAAGGCAUCAUCACGCCCAUAUUCGAGAAGGCUACCCACAACAACAAUGAUUUGCAUGAUCAAUUGUUGUGUUGAGCUCUUUGUGUUGGAAAUGAGUGAGCUUGAGCUGGAGUUCAACGAUUUACAGGGAGAAGCCUAAGAAAGUUGAAGAAUUCGAUCAACAGGAGCCGUAUGCACCAAUUGUGCCCUAAAUCUAUUUAUUAAGGCGGAUUUUUCAUUUGUUGAGCAGAUUUGCGAACUCACCACCUAAAUAUGGUAACUCCACAAAAAUAUGCCAACUCAGCAAAAAUAUGUUAACUCAUAUGCUCAUCUGAAAGAGCCCGAUUAACUUAAAUAAAAUUGUAUAGUGUGUUGUGUUUUUUGUAUAACAACGUUAGAUGGUGUUUUUGAAACCCUCAUAACUUAUUUACCCAAAUAAAACGCAAUCAAGAAGGAACGCUCUAGGGAAAUCAUAUUAUCCAGAGGUCCAACGAACAGAAAUCAGCGCAUUUUGAUCUUAAAAAUUGAUAACACCAAAAAGAAUCACUUCAGCUGCAAUUAGUCAAAGAGGCAUGAAGAAGUACAAGCAAGCAAAGGCACCAGAGCAUGAAGAUGGUGUUGAUAUGAUCAGUAACUUACCAGAUCCCAUUCUUCACUUGAUUGUUUCAAGUCUUCCAACUACUGAAGAAGUAAUUCGAACCAGCAUAUUGUCGACACGAUGGAGGUAUCUGUGGAAUUUAAUUCCAUCUAUAGACAUAGAUUCUUCCAGAGGAAUGAAAUUUGAUAGGACCAAAUUCAAAAAGUUUGUGUAUCGCGUUUUAGCAAACAGUUCCCUUGAUUUAGACAGUCUUCGUAUAAGUUGUUCGGAUCUCUACAGUAUAUCUACUGUAUAUCAGUGGAUUCAAGCCGCCGUUUCGAGAAACAUCAAACAACUUCACUUGUCGUUUUGCUCUGAAGAUUUGUUUAAACACAUCAAGUUGCCCUAUUGUCUGGUGACCUGUGAUUCGUUACAGGUAUUGCGGGUGUUUUUGUAUGAACAAAGGCGUUUGAUUUUGCCUAAGUUUACAGGGUUUCAGGCACUUAGGGUUCUCGAGUUGAAAAAUGUUGAGUUAUACAAAGAUUAUUUAGUAAAAAAUUUCCUUGAAAGCUUGCCAUUGCUUGAGGAUCUGAGUUUCAUAGACUGUGCGAUAAACAAACUCCAGAUUCUUUAUAUAUCAUGUCCGAAGCUCAAGAAUCUCAGACUCGAUAACAGGAAUUUCUUCUCUUUUGAAGGCUUGUAUGAUGUUGACUUUCUCUGUGAUUGCAUAAAGAUUGUUUGCCCAAAACUGUUGUUUUUUGAGUUUAGAGCUUUUUUAGCUCUUAAGUAUAUCUUUAGAAGUCUGGGUUUAGUGAAGAAAGCUGUGAUUCAUCCUGAAGAGUUUCCAUCUGAAUGUAUGGACUGCAUGUUUCAGGGAAAUUGUUCUUUAGAAUCUUUGUCCACCAGUAUCUACAUCCUCUGUUACUCUCUAUGUCCAUCAGGUGUUCCUGUAUCUUUACCUCAUCUCAAGACAUUGGAGCUAACCAUAGGAAGUGAUACUCCCGUCAUCAGUAAAUUCAUCAGAUUUCUCACACGUCUUCCCCAUUUGGAGUCUCUCCAUUUGAUCAUUGAAGAGAAAUAUAUUUGGUGGGAAGACUGGAAGUUGGAUGAAGCCGAAACGAGGGGAAUCUUGACCCGCCAUCUGAAAAGAGUCGAGUUUCUUAUUUAUUAUAAACAAAAGCUAAUACUAGAUUUAGCACGUUGUUUACUUGAGCAUGGAAAUGCAUUGGAGGAAAUGAUUUUUAGAUGGGAUUGUGAUGAAGCCAAGUUCCAUAAGAAGUCAUUGGAGACAAUGGAGGAGGUGUCAAAAUUUCACAAAGCUUCCUCAGAUGUCAAACUCAUUACUCUUAAUGAGAUUAGUUAUUAUCGGUUUUCUGGUAAACCAUAAAUAGUACCUACCUAUUCAUAUGUCAUGGAAUGACUAGAUUUCUUGGAUGCCUUUUGUAUUUGUAAUUUUGCAUCACCCAACUUUAUUUUGCUUCAUGUUCACUUAUUAAGUAGAAAGUAUUAGAUUGGUGCUUCGGUUAUCU